AUGGCCAAAUGGCAGCACGUGGUUGGUGCGACACCCUCUGGCCUCUACCGCGUUUUCCUGGGGCCUUUCGACUGUGUCAUUCCCAAGACACCACAGGCAAUCGUUGAAAUCAUGAGUCAGUACGCAUUUGAAAAGCCUGCACUCAAUCGCGAAGGUCUUGUCAGAAGUCUUGGAGUUGGACUUGUUGUGGCAGAAGGUGAUGUCCACCGCUUUCAAAGGAGGAUAUUCAACCCAAUAUUCGGCUUGAAUCGCAAUCGACGCUUGGUACCACAAGUCUGGCCUAUAGCAUUGAUCCUGCGCGAGAAGAUAGAAGACCUUGUAAAGAAGUCGAGAGGCUCAGUAGUGCUUGACGUUCAUUCUCUGACCAUGGCUACAACACUCGAUAUCGUAGGUAUCACGACUCUUGGCGUGAACUUUGAUUCAAUCAGGAAUCCAUCCGACUCGAUUCUUCAGGCAUAUGAAAUGGUCUAUCCAUCUCCUGACAAUCCAAGUCUAAUCGACCAAGUUGUUGGAAUUAUCUUCGCCACCCUAGUUCCACCUAGACUGUUAUUCAAAUUGCCACUACGUUCAAUUCGACAAUACCAUAAAGGGAUGAGGAUGCUGCGAAGCUUUUACCUAACCCAAAUUCGGCAGAAGAGAAAAGAGAUUGAAAAUACUAGCUUCGAUGAUACAGAACCUAGAGAGAAAGACAUUCUUUCUGCUCUGAUUGCAUCGGGCCUGAAAGACGAUAAAGAGUUGCUCAGCCACGUCUUAACAACCAUGGCAGCAGGACAUGAUACUACGGCUGUGACACUAGACUGGGCCAUAUACAGACUAUCCAGACACCCCGAGGUGCAAGAUCGUCUCCGAGCAGAGAUCCAGAUCUUGCGAGCCGAUCAAAGCCUUGACACGAUUCCCAGCCUAGAUGCCAUCAACUCGAUGCCAUAUCUCCGCGCGUUCGUCAUGGAAGUCCUCCGCUUCUACCCCGCUGUCCCGCUGAUAGGACGCGUGGCGGCCAGUUCCACGACGGUUGGUGGCGUGGUCAUUGCUAAAGGCCAAGGGGUCCUGGUAAGUCCUUAUGCAAUCAACCGCCAGAAAGACCUCUGGGGCGAGGAUGCUCAUGAAUUCGAUGUUGGACGGUGGGAGGCAUCUCCCACUGGAGGCGCAAAGUCAGCGCAAGCUCUCUACACCUUCUCUGGGGGUCCUAGAAUUUGUGUUGGGAAGGAUCUUGCUUUGAUUUCCAUCAAGGUGCUACUUGUGGUCUUAGUAGAGCGAUUUUGCUUCGAGGAAGUUGUGCCCGGAUUUCAUCCUCCAUUCCAAAAGGACACCACUCUCAAGGCGCAAGGAUUAAAAGUCAAGGUUUCGGUUGUGUAA